GUGUUGUUUCGGCCGAGGAGCCUUCGCCGCCAUUUCAAGACCGUGAGAGGUAGACGGCCAACCAGAGUUCCUAAGGUUCCAAGUCCGUAACUGCCGCCACCACUUAAGCCUUCCAAAAUUCUGGUACGGCUGCUGCCCUCUUACUACUACCUCCAGAACCAUUCUUGCCCGUAGUGGCGGCAGUGAGAGUCAGUUACCCCCUUUUUGCUCUCGCUCAAGAAGCUCCAGAUGGCGUCUUCCGUGGGCAACGUGGCCGACAGCACAGAUCUGCUCACUUUAGCACUCUGGCAAUUAAACAGAACCCUCUGCUAGCAGAAGCCUAUUCGAAUUUGGGGAACGUGUACAAGGAAAGAGGGCAAUUGCAGGAGGCAAUUGAACAUUAUCGACAUGCCUUGCGUCUCAAACCUGAUUUCAUCGAUGGUUAUAUUAACCUGGCAGCUGCAUUAGUAGCAGCAGGCGACAUGGAAGGGGCAGUACAAGCUUACGUCUCUGCUCUUCAGUACAAUCCUAUGCAGAUGUGCUGUGGGGAGUGAGUCCCAGUUGGCAGACAUUAAGUUCAUACUGUGUUAGGGUCUCUGAAAGAUACAAAAAUGUAAGACUUGUCCUCAGAAAUUUGAUGUAGAGAAGGAUUUGUACUGUGUUCGCAGUGACCUGGGGAACCUGCUCAAAGCCCUGGGUCGCUUGGAAGAAGCCAAGGUAGGUGUUUGAUAAAACACACUUACACAUCAGUGUUAAGGAAACUUGUCCUUUUUGCCAAGUCUUCAACUCUUCAUUGAGCUAUCUUCACAAAACAGUCCUAUGAAACUGAGGAAAACUGACGGCAUGACUCGCCUCAGACUAGAGCAGGGCCAGCCUUUGGCGUAUCUGUUCUAAAUCUGGGGAUAAAGCAAGACCCUGAACAUUGUGGAGCCUUUCUGCUGAGCUAGAUCAACUUUAUAACAAUGGGCUCCGUCAUGAUCUUAUGUGGGAAUAAAUAACAUUCCUUCAAAUCUGAGGCUUGCCUGCUGGUGACAAGCAGAGCGCCUGUGGUUUGGCUCAAGACUCCUAUAUGAUGCAGGUGCCAUUGAAAAUGCUGCUCUUCUAAGUCCUUUGUGGCUUGUAAGUGGAGAAGAAUUUCAUCCAAAUGUUACCCUGUAAUACUGGCAUUUAAAAUUCUUAUUUAACCUUCCUCCCUUCAUCUUCCUCACCCUUUUUACAGUGGAAGAAAGGCUGUUAAAAUGAUUGUAAAUUGAUAAUUGGAAAAUCCUGCCCCUUGUCCUCAUUCCCUCCCCCCAAGUUCCUUUUUCCUCUUCCAAUUCUAGUUGUCUACCUUCUUUUCUCCCUUACUUCCUUCUUUAUUCCUCCCCACCCCACCUCCUGAAAACAAAAAGUCAGAAGGACAAAGCUGGUUUGUUUGGGAAAUGGACUGAUCGAAAGAAAACUUGCCAAAGUGGAAAGGUGGCUUUUAGCAUUCUGUGUUUCCAAAUAAUGAAUUUGAACACCAGGUUGGGUUAAUUAAAGCUUUUGGUAUCAUUUAAAAUUAAAUUUAUAAAUGCAGUUGUCUUGUUACAAGCCACCUUACGCAACCGCGCUGCAGGGGUGAGGAGUGGGGAGAAACCAGAAUGCUUCUGAAACUCCCACCUGUUGCUCUGAGCCCCACGCGCAUGCUAAUGCGUGGAGUGUAUGCGCAGCGUAGCUGUCUGUUUGACUGCUUCAUCCAGGGAGGGAGAAGGCUUUUCAGCACCAGCUAAUGCUAAAAGGCACUAGUUUUCAGUGCAUAGCUCUCAUAAAUUCUGCUGACACUUUGGAUUAACCUUAUGUAGGUUUCCAGCUACUGAAUUGUAAUUGAUUUCAAUCUUAGCUGAUGAAUCUAAUUGGUAAUUUAGAGAACAAAUAUUUGAUAAGCUCCUAUUAAUUGUCACCCCACCAAGCGGACAGCUAACAUGAAUUGCACUUCACUGCAGCUUUAGAGAUCGGUUUAGGCUGAGACAUUGCGCCUGCCUUAGGUUGCUGACUUCUUUAUUUCAGAGCUCUGGAGACACCUAGUUUGAAAAAUGUUAUUCUGUUUUUUUGUGAGAACUUAGUAAACAAGAAAAUACUCUUGAGUGAAAUGCAAUGUAUUUCUUUUGUAAUCAGUGCAUUUGAAAAUUCAAGCCAGCAUAUUCCUAGUAGUUGGAAGCAAAAUUAAGUUGUCUUUGUAGAAAACGAAGAGCCUUUCUUCCAGCAAAAAUCCCUGCUGUAUGCAAUAGCCCUGAUUAACCCUCUCCCUUCUGCAUGUUUCCCAUGUUACAGACUUGAGACUGUCCUCAUUCCCAUAUGUAAUAGACAUCCAAAGAAUUUCAAUUGCUUUGUUGAACUUUUACUAAUGAUCUUGUUUUUAUUUUCUCUCUUGUUUUUGGUUUUUCACCAUUGAUAUUGUAUUUAGAAGGUUUCAGGUGGGUGAAACCUCCUAUUCCAUGCGUAAGGUGCCUCGCUGAAGGGAGCUCGAGGCCUGGAUCUAGGGCAGACACACAACCUCCUCCUCCUCUUCCAGCAAGGAACGCACCGAAAAGUCACAUGAUGAGAAAUAUGGUAACGGGUUUGUAACUGCCACAGCAAAACAAUUUGCCUCCAUGCCUGAAUCUUCUGUCUUGUGGCUUCAGAAACAGCUUAAAAUGAUUUUAUUUACAAGCAAGUUAUGUAAGAGAAUGUUUUAUACUAUAGCCACAAUUCUGUCAAAAAUAAGUAAAAGUUAAUUAAGAUAUUAAAAUUAUUAGAGAUAAUUUACUAGUAAAAGCUUCUAACUCUUCUUGUUGUUCAUUUUUUUUUCCUUUUUUCUUCUUUGUUUGGAUUGCAGCAUUCUGCUCUUCUGAUGAUGCGCUGUGACCCUGCAGUAGCGCAAAGGCUGCGCAGCGUUAAUGCGCAUUGCGUGCGAAUGAGCCCCUGUGAACGGUUGACUAGAUGAGUAAUCUGAUUGACUGGCUCCCUGAGUCCUAUUCUGUAGCCGUUUUGGAUAAAAUUGGGUUUUAACAUACCUCGAGUCCAACUAAUCUCAUUAAACAAAUAUUCUCUGUGGGCCUGUCUAGUAGAUUAAUGGAUCUGGUUGGCCGUUUGCUGCGUCUAGGGGUGUUCUAUGUAGCGCAGCAGUUCGCAGCGAUUGCGCAGUGCGAUGCUGUUAGGUUGCGCAAGCGAUGUUUGCGCUCGCAUUACAGGGACCUCAACCUAGGUGCAGUCCUGUCAUGUGAGGUUUCAGCUUCAGUCCUCCUUGGCAGACAGGGCAUCGUGACGACGUAACUGACAAGCCUGCCUUUAGGAUACCCCACUCGGCAGAAAAACGGUUUUCUCCUCAGUAGCACAGUUCUGAUGUUAGUGAGGAACAUUUUGCUGAGAGCAGCAUUUCCCAAAAUGUGUUUCAUAGUAUUUUAAGAAACGCUCGAUGAAAGAAGAGUUCCAUGGUCAACUAAAUUCAGGGAAUCCUAUAAAUACUAUUAGAGGCUUAUGGAAGACCGGUAGCAGAGAAACCUGUUUGCUGAUCUCCUAAUUUAUUUGAUCAUGAAAUCCUUUUUUGCCUUGUGAUACCUCUGGUAAUACCUGGUAGAACACACUUUAGGAAAUGGUGAGAGUAGGAAACUUGGGCUUGAGUGGUGCCCCCUAGCGAUCACUUGAAGACAUACUAGCCCUUAGGUGUUUAUCAUUGAUCAUUGUUUGGCAGAACUGAACAUGGUGGUUUGCACUUGGGUUCUGGUGGCGCAGGCGCAGGAGCAGCCAGCUGUGGCAGCGCAUUAGUUUUGGCGCAAGCGAGCCUAUGCUGCAGGGUCACUUUUGACUGGUCAGAGAAGGAAUAAUGAUAUCACCUUCUUUCCCCCUCCCCAAUCUUUUUUUUUUCCCCUUUAAAAUUUUCCCCUUUCCCUUUACCUUCUUCCCCUCCCAUCUUCUUUCAUUAACCCCUCCUAAGGCCUGUUAUUUGAAAGCAAUUGAGACGCAACCAAACUUCGCAGUAGCUUGGAGUAAUCUUGGCUGUGUUUUCAAUGCACAAGGGGAGAUUUGGCUUGCAAUUCAUCACUUUGAAAAAGCUGUCACCCUUGAUCCAAAUUUUCUGGAUGCAUAUAUCAAUUUAGGAAAUGUCUUGAAAGAGGCACGUAUUUUUGACAGAGCUGUGGCUGCUUAUCUUCGCGCCCUAAGCUUGAGUCCAAAUCAUGCAGUGGUGCACGGCAACCUGGCUUGUGUGUACUAUGAGCAAGGCCUGAUAGAUCUGGCAAUAGAUACCUACAGGCGAGCUAUUGAACUGCAACCACAUUUCCCUGAUGCUUAUUGCAACCUAGCCAAUGCUCUCAAAGAGAAGGGCAGUGUUGCUGAAGCAGAGGAUUGUUAUAAUACCGCACUCCGUCUGUGUCCCACCCAUGCUGACUCUCUGAAUAAUCUAGCGAAUAUCAAGCGAGAACAGGGAAACAUUGAAGAGGCAGUUCGCUUGUAUCGUAAAGCAUUAGAAGUCUUCCCAGAGUUUGCUGCUGCCCAUUCAAAUUUAGCAAGUGUAUUGCAGCAGCAGGGAAAAUUGCAGGAAGCUCUGAUGCAUUAUAAGGAGGCUAUUCGAAUCAGUCCUACUUUUGCUGAUGCCUAUUCUAAUAUGGGAAAUACAUUGAAGGAGAUGCAGGAUGUUCAGGGAGCCUUGCAGUGUUAUACUCGUGCUAUCCAGAUUAACCCAGCAUUUGCAGAUGCUCAUAGCAAUCUGGCUUCCAUUCACAAGGAUUCAGGGAAUAUUCCAGAAGCAAUAGCUUCUUACCGUACAGCUCUGAAACUUAAGCCUGAUUUUCCUGAUGCUUAUUGUAACUUGGCUCAUUGCCUACAGAUUGUCUGUGAUUGGACAGACUAUGAUGAGCGCAUGAAGAAGUUGGUCAGUAUUGUAGCUGACCAGUUGGAGAAGAAUAGGUUGCCCUCCGUGCAUCCUCAUCAUAGUAUGCUGUAUCCUCUUUCUCAUGGCUUCAGGAAGGCCAUCGCUGAGAGGCAUGGGAACCUCUGUUUGGAUAAGAUUAAUGUCCUUCAUAAACCACCAUAUGAACAUCCAAAAGACUUGAAGCUCAGUGAUGGUCGACUGCGUGUAGGAUAUGUGAGUUCUGACUUUGGGAAUCAUCCUACUUCUCACCUGAUGCAGUCCAUUCCAGGCAUGCACAAUCCUGAUAAAUUUGAGGUAUUCUGUUAUGCCCUGAGUCCAGAUGAUGGCACGAACUUCCGAGUGAAGGUGAUGGCAGAAGCCAAUCAUUUCAUUGAUCUUUCUCAGAUUCCAUGCAAUGGAAAAGCAGCUGAUCGCAUCCAUCAGGAUGGAAUUCACAUCCUUGUGAAUAUGAAUGGUUAUACCAAGGGUGCACGAAAUGAGCUCUUUGCUCUUAGACCAGCUCCUAUUCAGGCGAUGUGGCUGGGAUACCCUGGGACUAGCGGUGCACUUUUCAUGGAUUAUAUAAUCACUGAUCAGGAAACAUCACCAGCAGAGGUUGCUGAGCAGUAUUCUGAGAAAUUGGCUUAUAUGCCCCAUACUUUCUUUAUUGGUGAUCAUGCUAAUAUGUUCCCUCACUUGAAGAAAAAAGCAGUCAUUGAUUUUAAGUCCAAUGGGCACAUUUACGACAAUCGGAUAGUUCUGAAUGGCAUCGACCUCAAAGCAUUUCUUGAUAGUCUACCAGAUGUGAAAAUUGUGAAGAUGAAAUGUCCUGAUGGAGGAGACAAUGCAGAUAGCAGUAACACGGCUCUUAAUAUGCCUGUCAUUCCUAUGAACACUAUUGCCGAAGCAGUUAUUGAAAUGAUAAAUAGAGGACAGAUUCAGAUAACGAUUAAUGGAUUUAGUAUUAGCAAUGGCUUGGCAACCACACAGAUUAACAACAAAGCUGCAACUGGAGAGGAGGUUCCCCGUACAAUUAUUGUAACUACCCGUUCUCAGUAUGGGUUGCCAGAAGAUGCCAUCGUGUACUGUAACUUCAAUCAGUUGUAUAAAAUUGAUCCAUCUACUUUGCAAAUGUGGGCAAAUAUUUUGAAGCGUGUUCCCAAUAGUGUGCUAUGGCUGCUGCGUUUCCCAGCAGUAGGAGAACCUAAUAUUCAGCAGUAUGCACAGAACAUGGGCCUUCCCCAGAACCGGAUCAUUUUUUCACCCGUUGCUCCUAAAGAAGAGCAUGUGAGGAGAGGCCAGCUGGCUGACGUCUGCCUGGAUACUCCGCUCUGUAAUGGACACACCACAGGGAUGGAUGUCCUCUGGGCAGGAACACCCAUGGUGACUAUGCCAGGAGAGACUCUUGCUUCUCGAGUUGCAGCUUCCCAGCUCACUUGCUUAGGUUGUCUUGAGCUUAUUGCUAAAAAUAGACAAGAAUAUGAAGACAUAGCUGUGAAACUGGGAACUGAUCUAGAAUACCUGAAGAAAAUUCGUGGCAAAGUCUGGAAGCAGAGAAUAUCUAGCCCUCUGUUCAACACCAAACAAUACACAAUGGAACUAGAGCGGCUCUACCUACAGAUGUGGGAGCAUUAUGCAGCUGGCAACAAGCCUGAUCACAUGAUCAAGCCUGUUGAAGUCACUGAGUCAGCCUAAAUAAAGACCGCACAGGAGAAUUGCCCUAUACCUGAGCCUCAACCUUCUGGGGGAAAGGGAACGAGCUAACACACUUUUUACUUAUCUGUCCAGCACCGUGUUGCAGAUGGGUGAUCUGUAAUGGUAAUAGAAUAGCACAGCCAAACUUGCUUCCUGCAUGAUAGGGAGAGACACAAGUGAUGGGAAACUGCUGUUCCACAAGGAAUCUCCAUAGAGUUUUUGCAGCAACCAGGUGGUGCAUAGGUCUGGAAGGUCUGAUCUCCCUUGGUCUUCCAUGGGAUGGUUAGUGUGGAGCGGAGAUAUAGAUUGUCCAGCCGUUUUGUGAUUCCACAGAUCGAUUGAGUCUUCUGGAUUAAUUUUUUUCUUUAUAUUUUGGAUAUUGGAGCUUUUAAAAAUGUUUGGUUUCAGGUAUUUUUAUUCAUGUGAAGUGUGUAUGAUUCUAUUGAGAUAAGGUUUUAAGCUAAAAUGUUGUUCCCUGUUUUAGUUUCUGAACUCUGACAGAUUAACGGGGACUUUGCUGGUGUAGUCUUUUUAUAGGUUUUAUAAACCACUUGAGCCUAUAUCAGUCGUUUUAGUGUCUGACCUGAUGUUUGGAGCUAUCAGUGCUUUGUUGAUUUAGAUGAUGACUCUUGAUUUUUUUUUUCUGGUCCAUCUCCUUCCUUCCAUCCUUAAAAAAAUCCUCCAAUAACUCAGCUGAUGAAACGAAGUCUGAUUCAAAACAUCCCAGAGAUUUUCCUGAACACGUCAUUUGGUGCCAAAUGAAAAUUCUUAGGAGUGAUUAUUAAUUAGGAGGGAUACAGUUGUGGUACUGUCAUUGGUAGUAACGUAGAUUUUUUUUUUUUGCCUAAUUUUGACAUAUUUCGCCAGUGUUUUACCCUUCACUGCCCCUUCUAUGCUGCUUCCAAAAGUGAUAGUGUGUGAUAAGAUUUUUACCUUCUUUUCUAAAGUUUGUUUUUUUUUUAAAGUGAGUCCUGUUCUUCCUAUUUCUUUCAGCAGAAAUGAAAUCCCAGGUAAGUAUAAGUAUUCAAAUAUUUGAUCAGUAAGUUGCAGUUAUCGCCAAUACAUAAUAUUUGGGAUAUUUAAUUGAAAUAAUUGAAACUUUAAUUGAAAGUCUUGUUAUUGAUAAAAAUCUCUGAAGGACCAUCUGUGUAUACAAGUAAUUAUUUUUCAGACCUUCUAGGGUAUUACAUAAUAAUUGUCUUCUGAACUUGGUCUUGAAGUCUGUAUGAAUUCAGCCUCAGUAAUAGUGAACUGCACUGCUACUUGGUUUGGAGUACAAAUUAGACUUUAGCCCUCCUGGAGCUUGAGUUCUUGGUAUUAAAAACCAUAGGAAUAAAAUUACUGAUUUUCAACAAAGGAUUGAGGGCUUGAGGCUUAAACAAGCCAACAUAUGAAAUACGUUUUGUCUUGCUGUACUGCACUUACGCUACCCAGUCACAGAUAAGUUUUGUCUGCUAGUAGUGUUCUAGAUUAUGUCUUUCCAAAGCGCUGAGGCAGUGCACCUAUUCUGUAGCUGCAGCCGUUGCCUGAAUGUAUUCUAGCUGACAAAUUACUGAAUAAGAACUUGAACUUCUGAAAGAUGAUUACUGCUAACCAAAUUCUGAGCAAGAAGCCUCAAAUGUAAUUCCGAAGCAGAAUUACAUGUCAAUGAACUGUGUACCCAUUAACAUUGUGAAUCAAGAAACAUCAGUUAAGGGAUUUCUUAAUUUAUUUUUUACCUGAUUGAGAGUUAAAGGUUGCCAGCAUGGUUGCAGAUACACUGAUGUUCGAAGUUGACCGAAUUACUUAACGUGGAAUAGGAUGAUAUACUUCCAAUGCCCUCGAGGCUGUAACCUGACAGCCGUCUUACAUAGCACAUCAUUCCUCCUAUAGGGAUGAACUUUUUCCUGGCACGAAAAGUAGCCGCUCUGGUUGAAGCUUUGCUUAUUGUAACAGGCUUUUAUUUCCAGGUAACAUGUCUGUGGAAGACUUAAUUCUGAAUAGAGAUAUAGAUAUUACUGGAAACUAAUUGUUUUUUCUAUUCUAUUCUGCUUUAUCAAAAAAGUAAAACAUUUAAAUUGUGCUACAGAAAUUCAGAUGUUGUCUUGCGAUCUUUAAACAAUAAAUGAAUGAUUUCCCCUUAA